AGGGAAGACCAGCAAGGAGGCAGUGACCCGCGCUCUGAAGAGGCGGAGCACACAACUGCCCCUGGGCCGCCCCCUCCCCCUCCCGCUCCCGCUGGGGAACACCUCUGCUCCCGGUUGGGUGUCCGAACUCAGGCGCUGGAAGGCAACACCAGAUGAGCAUCCUGGCGCCUCCUACCCAAGGCCCAGAGUCUUUUGUCCCAUUGAGCGCACAGGGACUGCGCCAGGACACUGACGCCGGGUGUUUGGAUGUCACUGACAACACCUGCCUUCCUUUCAUCCUUUCCUAUAUAUAUACCUGCCACUUGCAGUGGCCGUGGAUGCCGUUAACAAAAUAUAUGUUGGGAAGCCUUAGCUGUGACUCCAGACAUGCCAGUUGCGCAACUGCAGUAUUUAAGGGUCGCCCGAAAGCAGUGAUCCAAAGUUAAGGAAAAUAAAGCAGUGGGGGUGGCCCCCUAGCAGGAUUUCCGCUAAUCCUACGGUGGACUACAUAUCCCAGAGAGCCGAGGGCCUAGGACGCGUGUCCACUCCACUCAUCCACUAGCAGAAGACCUUACUAAGCCUGGUCACCGCUCAGGCCAAUCCUUUGCCUCUCACCUUGCCUGGAACCUACUACGGAUUCGUCCCCAAAGUGAUGCUCAAGUGGCAAGUUUGUCAUUGCCUGGAGAAAGAGGAGCGAGGCUGCGGUUCUUACCCGGUUCACCAGAACCGGUGGCAUUCUUCUCCAGGAUAUGCCAGCGCUCGGGUUGUGACAUUCUCGGGCACAGCGGAGACCCACGCAACGGCCCCGCACGUCAAGCGACACUUCAGGGACCUUGGUUGCAGCCAGGGCUGGUCACCGUGCCCCUGCGUACCCAGGCUAGCUGUGUCCACUUAGCACAAUUGCAUUUAUCCGUGGAUCUUCUAAGACUCGGUCUUGUAAAUGUUCAGCAUUCUGCUGCUUUCCCUCCUUUUUCUGGGGACUGUGCCAGCACUUGCCCAGACCAGCGGAGAGAGGAGGCUGAGCCCAGAGAAGAGUGAAAUAUGGGGACCCGGGCUAAAAGCAGACGUGGUCCUUCCUGCCCGCUAUUUCUACAUUCGGGCUGUGGAUGCCUCGGGGGAACCGUUCACAUCGUCUCCAGGUGAAAAGGUGUUCCAGGUUAAAAUCUCAGCACCCGAUGAGCAGUUCACUAGAGUUGGUGUCCAGGUUCUAGAUCGAAAGGAUGGCUCCUUCAUAGUGAGAUACAGAAUGUAUGCAAGCUACGGCAGUCUGAAGAUAGAGGUUAAACACCUGGGUCAACAUGUGGCCAAGUCUCCUUACCUUUUAAGAGGACCAGUUUACCAUGAGAACUGUGACUGCCCUUUGGAAGACAGUGCAGCCUGGCUACAGGAGAUGAGCUGUCCAGAAACCAUCAGUCAGAUUCAGAAAGAUCUGUCACAUUUUCCUACUGUGGACCCUGAAAAGAUUGCAGCAGAAAUCCCAAGACGAUUUGGGCAGAGGCAGAGCCUGUGUCACUAUACCUUAAAGGACAAUAAGAUUUAUGUCAAGACUCAUGGUGAGCAUGUUGGGUUUAGGAUUUUCAUGGAUGCCAUACUACUUUCAUUGACUAGAAAGGUGAGGAUGCCAGAUGUGGAGUUUUUUGUUAAUUUGGGAGACUGGCCUUUGGAAAAGAAGAAAUCUAAUUCCAACAUUCAGCCGAUCUUUUCCUGGUGUGGCUCCACAGAUUCCAGGGAUAUUGUGAUGCCCACGUACGACCUGACUGACUCUGUUCUAGAAACCAUGGGCCGAGUAAGUCUGGAUAUGAUGUCAGUGCAAGCUAACACAGGGCCUCCCUGGGAAAAUAAGAACUCCACAGCUGUCUGGAGGGGCCGUGACAGCCGCAAAGAGAGACUGGAGCUGGUGAAGCUUAGCAGAAAACAUCCAGAGCUCAUCGACGCUGCUUUCACCAACUUCUUCUUCUUUAAACACGAUGAGAGCCUGUAUGGGCCCAUUGUGAAACACAUUUCGUUUUUUGAUUUCUUCAAGCACAAGUAUCAGAUAAAUAUCGAUGGCACCGUGGCAGCGUACCGCCUGCCCUAUCUGCUGGUGGGCGACAGUGUGGUCCUGAAGCAGGACUCCAUCUACUAUGAACAUUUCUACAAUGAGCUACAGCCCUGGAAACACUACAUCCCAGUCAAAAGCAAUCUGAGCGACCUGCUGGAAAAGCUCAAGUGGGCAAAAGAUCACGAUGCAGAGGCAAAGAAGAUAGCAAAAGCAGGGCAAGAAUUUGCAAGAAAUAAUCUGAUGGGUGAUGAUAUAUUCUGUUAUUACUUCAAACUUUUCCAGGGUUAUGCCAAUUUACAAGUGAGUGAGCCCCAAAUUCGAGAGGGUAUGAAGAAGGUAGAGCCACAAUCUGAGGACGACCUCUUUCCUUGCACAUGCCAUAGGAGAAAGGUAACAAGACUAACCUUCUGGCCCCAGAUAUGUGACAGAACCAGUGCAAAUGCCUGCACACUGUCUGAAAUAUGCAGGAAUUCUGAGUACUGGUUAAAAAUUUGGUACCUGAUUAUCAGCCUGGUGGGAAUCUGUGCGCCAUGACAGUCUGUAAGUACGAAUUUUUGGUUUUUUGCAGAUUUGUCUUUUAUGAAAAAUGAUUUGCCACUAACUCACUAUCUGCUAAGGGUACAUCAUCUAUGCUAAUCCAUGUCUGCGCUGCAAGAGCUGUAAAGUCACUACGGCCAAGAAUGAAAAGGAUUAAUUACCACAUUUGCUUUGGCUCUGUACGAUAUGGGCAGUUUCAUUUCCCGUCUCUCUCUUUAGAUGUGGAGAGAGUAGGUAGCAAAUCAGUGUCUCUCACUAACUAGUGGAGGUCUGCGUGGGAGUGGCAUAUCUUGCUGUCUACCCCAUCCCUUCACACAUUCGGGGUGUAGUGGUGACACAGACCCCCGCAUAUUUAAGAUCCAUCCGAGUGUGAGUUUACACUGGGUAUUCUGGUCCUACAGAAAUAGUCCCGAGCCCUUAAAACACCUAGAAGAAACUUGGAUUUUUUUUUUUUCCUCCUCUCUCUUUAGGAAAAACUAAUUAUCUGGUAUGAGCAUUCUUGGUUCCUAAGAUUUCUUAGUGGCUCUUAACGUUUUUCUUCUUAAUUACAGACCAAAGAUGAACUCUGAUAUGCAAAAUAUCCCUAUUCAAAUGAUGGUGCUCUGAAGAUACUUCGUAACUGUAAAGAUUUUUUUUUAAGUAUUAGUUUUACAAUGUAAAAUCUACUGGUGAGUGUUCACUUUCUCAGAGUAUUUCUUCUUACGCAGUAUUCCAUGACUGUCUUUUACGGCACAUUUUUAAAUUUUUUUAAUAAAACCACCUUUAUUUUAAAGGUC